GCUUGCGGUCCUCGCGCCAAGUCGGCGCGCGCGCGCGGUGCACGUAGUGCGCGAGUGACGCAUAAUAUGUGGGCCGCUGUGGAGCCGUGGUCGCGUUGUGUGUGUGUGUGAGUGGAGAGUGAGUGCGGGACCUGAGGCUGUGUGUGUGAACUGUGGCCGCUGGCGGGGUCGGGGGGUGGGCAGCGGCGGAGCCGCCUGGGAAGGCAAAGUCAUGACUACAGUAGUGGUACAUGUGGACUCCAAAGCUGAGCUCACUACCCUGCUGGAGCAGUGGGAAAAGGAACAUGGCAGUGGGCAGGACAUGGUACCUAUCCUUACCAGGAUGUCUGAAUUGAUUGAAAAAGAAACUGAAGAAUAUCGUAAAGGGGAUCCAGACCCAUUUGAUGAUCGACAUCCUGGUCGAGCAGAUCCAGAGUGUAUGCUGGGCCACUUGCUGAGAAUACUCUUCAAGAAUGAUGAUUUCAUGAAUGCACUGGUAAAUGCAUACGUGAUGACAAGCCGAGAGCCCCCUUUAAACACUGCAGCUUGCAGACUCCUACUAGACAUCAUGCCAGGGCUGGAAACUGCUGUUGUCUUUCAAGAAAAGGAAGGAAUUGUCGAAAAUCUUUUCAAAUGGGCCCAAGAGGCUGAUCAACCAUUGAGGACAUAUUCUACUGGUCUGUUAGGAGGUGCUAUGGAAAAUCAAGACAUUGCUGCCAACUACAGAGAUGAAAAUUCACAGCUGGUAGCAAUAGUGCUUCAAAGACUGAGGGAGCUACAGCUACAGGAAGUGGCUUUGCGGCAGGAAAACAAGCGUCCCAGUCCACGGAAGCUCUCUUCUGAACCCCUUUUGCCUCUGGAUGAGGAAGCUGUGGAUAUGGACUAUGGUGACAUGGCUGUAGAUGUAGUGGAUGGAGACCAAGAGGAACCUUCUGGAGACAUGGAGAUAUCGUUUCAUCUUGAUUCAGGCCACAAGACCAGUAGCAGAGUGAACUCAACAAGCAAACCUGAGGAUGGAGGUUUAAAGAAAAACAAGUCAGCCAAACAGGGUGACAGAGAGAGCUUUAGGAAAGCCAAGCAAAAGUUGGGUUUCUCAUCUUCUGAUCCAGAUCGCAUGUUUGUUGAGCUGUCAAAUAGCAGCUGGUCAGAAAUGUCCCCCUGGGUGAUUGGCACCAAUUAUACCCUUUAUCCUAUGACUCCUGCUAUCGAGCAGCGACUCAUUCUCCAAUAUUUGACCCCUCUAGGAGAAUAUCAGGAGCUACUUCCCAUAUUCAUGCGACACGGAUCACGGGAGCUAAUGAUGUUCUAUAUUGACCUGAAACAAACUAAUGAUGUCCUGCUUACAUUUGAGGCACUAAAGGUUUGCGUGCAUCCCCACAAUGUUCUGUCCGAUGUGGUGAAGUAUACCCUGUGGUUAAUGGAGUGUUCUCAUGCUUCAGGAUGCUGUCAUGCUACCAUGUUUUUUUCAAUUUGCUUCUCAUUCCGGGCUGUCUUGGAGCUCUUUGACCGCUAUGAUGGUCUUCGUCGUCUGGUGAACUUGAUCAGUACUUUGGAGAUUCUAAAUUUGGAAGAUCAGGGUGCACUUCUGAGUGAUGAUGAAAUAUUUGCUAGCCGCCAAACUGGGAAACAUACCUGCAUGGCCUUGCGCAAAUACUUUGAGGCUCACCUGGCCAUUAAAUUGGAGGAAGUUAAGCAGUCACUUCAGAGGACUGAGGGUGGCAUUCUUGUCCACCCGCAACCCCCGUACAAGGCAUGUUCGUAUACUCAUGAACAGAUUGUGGAAAUGAUGGAAUUUUUGAUAGAAUAUGGCCCAGCGCAACUGUAUUGGGAACCAGCUGAAGUCUUCCUCAAACUUUCUUGUGUGCAACUCUUAUUGCAGCUUAUUUCUAUUGCCUGCAAUUGGAAGACCUAUUAUGCAAGGAAUGAUACUGUGCGCUUUGCUUUGGAUGUCCUGGCUAUUCUUACUGUGGUGCCAAAAAUCCAGCUCCAGUUAGCAGAGUCAGUGGACGUGUUGGAUGAGGCUGGAUCUACAGUCUCUACCGUAGGUAUCAGCAUUAUUUUGGGAGUGGCUGAGGGUGAGUUCUUCAUCCAUGAUGCUGAAAUUCAGAAGUCAGCACUUCAGAUUAUCAUCAAUUGUGUGUGUGGCCCGGAUAACCGAAUAUCCAGUAUUGGCAAAUUUAUCUCUGGUACUCCUCGGAGAAAGCUGCCUCAGAACCCCAAAAACAGUGAGCACACCCUGGCCAAGAUGUGGAACGUGGUUCAGUCCAACAAUGGCAUCAAGGUGCUUCUGUCCUUAUUGUCCAUUAAGAUGCCCAUCACAGAUGCAGACCAGAUCCGGGCCCUGGCCUGCAAGGCCCUGGUGGGCCUGUCUCGCAGUAGCACUGUCCGGCAGAUCAUCAGUAAACUGCCGCUUUUCAGCAGCUGCCAGAUCCAGCAGCUGAUGAAGGAGCCUGUGCUGCAGGACAAGCGUAGUGACCAUGUCAAGUUCUGCAAGUAUGCUGCUGAACUCAUUGAACGGGUGUCAGGAAAACCACUGCUGAUUGGCACUGAUGUUUCUCUAGCACGACUGCAGAAAGCAGAUGUUGUUGCCCAGUCAAGGAUCUCCUUCCCUGAGAAAGAGCUGCUUUUGUUGAUACGAAACCAUCUUAUUUCUAAAGGGCUUGGAGAAACAGCAACUGUGCUAACAAAAGAGGCUGACCUGCCCAUGACUGCUGCCUCCCAUUCUUCUGCCUUUACCCCAGUCACUGCUGCUGCUUCUCCUGUCUCUCUUCCCCGAACCCCUCGUAUCGCUAAUGGCAUUGCAACUCGACUAGGUACCCAUGCUGCUGUGGGUCCCUCUGCCCCUUCUGCCCCCACUGCCCAUCCUCAGUCACGGCCCCCCCAGGGUCCACUAGCUCUGCCUGGCCCAUCUUAUGCAGGCAACUCCCCUUUGAUUGGUAGGAUCAGUUUUAUCAGAGAGAGGCCAUCACCCUGCAAUGGCAGGAAAAUCAGAGUGUUGCGGCAGAAGUCGGACCAUGGUGCCUACGGCCAAAGCCCAGCCAUAAAAAAGCAGCUGGACAGACAUCUUCCUUCCCCACCUAAGCUGGACAGUAUAAUCACAGAAUAUCUUAGAGAACAACAUGCUCGCUGCAAGAAUCCAGUUGCUACCUGCCCACCUUUCUCUCUCUUUACUCCUCACCAAUGUCCUGAGCCAAAACAGAGGCGGCAAGCGCCAAUAAACUUUACCUCAAGGCUAAACCGCAGGGCAUCGUUUCCAAAGUAUGGAGGGGUGGAUGGUGGAUGCUUUGAUAGGCACCUUAUCUUUAGCAGAUUCCGUCCUAUUUCAGUGUUCCGGGAAGCCAAUGAAGAUGAGAGUGGCUUCACCUGUUGUGCAUUCUCAGCACGGGAGCGGUUCCUGAUGCUUGGCACCUGCACAGGGCAGCUGAAGCUCUAUAACGUGUUUAGUGGACAGGAGGAGGCCAGCUAUAACUGUCACAACUCAGCCAUUACACAUCUUGAACCUUCCAGGGAUGGGUCCCUGCUGCUGACGUCUGCUACUUGGAGCCAGCCUUUGUCUGCACUUUGGGGAAUGAAAUCAGUAUUUGAUAUGAAGCAUUCCUUCACAGAAGAUCACUAUGUUGAGUUCAGCAAGCACUCCCAGGAUCGAGUCAUCGGCACAAAAGGCGACAUCGCCCACAUUUAUGAUAUUCAGACUGGCAACAAGCUGUUGACUCUGUUUAACCCAGAUCUUGCCAACAACUACAAGAGGAACUGUGCCACCUUUAAUCCUACAGAUGAUCUUGUCUUAAAUGAUGGCGUCCUCUGGGAUGUCCGCUCUGCACAGGCCAUCCACAAAUUUGACAAGUUUAAUAUGAACAUCAGUGGUGUUUUCCAUCCGAAUGGGCUGGAGGUGAUCAUUAAUACUGAGAUUUGGGACCUUCGAACUUUUCAUCUUUUGCAUACUGUUCCUGCUCUGGAUCAGUGUCGCGUGGUGUUCAAUCACACAGGAACAGUGAUGUAUGGAGCUAUGUUGCAGGCAGAUGAUGAAGAUGACUUAAUGGAAGAGAGGAUGAAAAGCCCCUUUGGGUCAUCUUUCCGAACAUUUAAUGCAACUGACUACAAACCUAUAGCAACCAUUGAUGUAAAACGGAACAUCUUUGACCUCUGUACAGACACCAAAGACUGCUAUCUUGCUGUCAUUGAGAAUCAAGGCAGCAUGGAUGCCCUGAACAUGGACACAGUAUGCAGGCUGUAUGAAGUGGGCAGGCAGCGUCUGGCAGAGGAUGAGGAUGAAGAGGAGGACCAGGAAGAGGAAGAACAGGAGGAAGAAGAUGAUGAUGAAGAUGAUGAUGACACUGAUGAUUUAGAUGAACUUGACACUGACCAGUUGCUGGAGGCAGAGUUGGAGGAGGACGACAAUAAUGAGAAUGCAGGGGAAGAUGGGGACAAUGACUUCUCACCCUCUGAUGAGGAGCUAGCAAACCUUCUAGAGGAGGGAGAGGACGGGGAGGAUGAAGACUCUGAUGCAGAUGAGGAAGUGGAACUGAUCCUGGGGGACACUGAUAGCUCUGACAACUCUGAUUUGGAAGAUGACAUCAUCUUAUCUCUGAAUGACUCUAGUGAGGCCAUAGGGAAGACGCCUUCCAGGAGAGGCAGAUCAGGGUGGUGGGAGAGCACGUUCUGCCCACAGAGGCAUUCCAGGGAGGAGAGUAGCUUUGUCACAGUGUCUGCCCCUGUCCUGUAGCUCUCUCACAGGGAGGACCUGUCUUUGUAAGGGUAAUGUGGAGAGAGGAGAGCCUCAGGGCCUUGGCCACUGUGGACACAGCUCUUUAUCCUCAUGUUCUGGAUCCAGCAGGCUGCUCCCAAGUAUAGAUUUGGGAGCUGGAAAGGGAGGUGUUCUGGGAAGUUUUGGAGGAAGGAGCUGGCAAAGCUAAGGAGUGAAAGCAUUUCGGCCGUUUGUGUAGCUGGGGUGACGGCCACUAAUGUUUUCUGAAAGGGACUGUGACAGUGGACUUGAGCAGUCCUGGCAAGUUAGGGGUAGUGGGAGUUGGUGUGUGUUUGUAGAAAGAUAACUUCAGAGGCCCCUAAAAUUGGCCUGUGGUUAAACUGUGUAACCACCAGGCAGAGUACCAGGGACUUCUACCUUUUCGCUCACCCACUCCACCCUGUUUUCCUUCCCACAAUAAAUAUAAGACCAUAGUCUCUUUCUUUCUUUGAUUUUGCCCAAGUAACAGCUGCUCAGUUUCUGUUACAUAGGUAUUAUCCAGCUAAAGUGACGUUUCUCCCUUAACAGAGAGAAGAGGGGACAAAUUUGGUUGUGAAGUAAACAAGACACACAAGAUGACUAAAACUCUCCGGGGGCAGGUAAAGCCCUACUGGGCUCAGAAGCACUAUAGAAUAUGCUGUACACACUGAGUGGGUCUGUGUCACACAGGUAUUUCUUAAUCCUCUGGAGAGCAGAGGACUCGGCUCUUUUGCUUCAUGCCUUGAUUUAAUGGUAGUUAACACUUACACCAGUGGAAUAGUCUGACUGUUGAUAUUGACUGCAUCCUAAGAAAACAGGUUAACAAUUAAGAAGUAGUAAAAGCACUAUAUUCUAGUCAUUAACUCAAUGGAGCCAGUCUCAACUCUGCUGGGAGCACCCACAGUUCUCUAAGGGGGAGAUGGGGACUAUAAUAGGGCAGCAGAAUUCGGGUUGGCUUGACAACACACCCUUAGGAACAUGCCCUAAGGGGCUAAGGAAGGAUCAGCCCUCUUCCUUAUUCUACCAGGGCUCAAAAUCUGAGUCACCUAGGAGGCAGCACGAGAACAGUGGCACACCACCAGGGAGGCACAUUUUGCCUUCAUGUCUUCAAGCAACACCUUAGACAGGACCUGAACCCCAGGUGGGGGCACUGGAUACCUGAAGUAAGAGUUUUCUCACUGGGGCAGUCUCAUAAGACCAGGGCAUUGACCACCUGAGCUCCCCUCACUAGUGCUGGCCAAGGCCUUUCUGAGAGUUCACAGAACCUGCUAGGUCUUAAAAGCCAAAGGAAGGAAGUGGUUGAGGGCCAGGAAAGAGGGAAGGUCAUGCCAGGGUGUUACUCCUCACCGAAACUUGGCAGUUCUUUUUGGGGCUAUGGGGCACUUUUCUCUGAAGAGGGGUGGACAAGGCAAAGGUUGAAGUGACUUCUCCAGGCACAUUUUCUAGCAUGUUUCCUUUACUUGGUUCUGUCUCAGAAAGCUGGGAGGUAGAUUCCGGGUCCUGAGCACCCGCUCCAUGAAGGAAGAUAGGUAGCCCAGAGAAGUUUUGGACUUACAUACCAAGGCAACUCUGGCCUGUGACUCAGGCUUUUGUUGAAGAUCUGCAGGAAAAACCCUGCAGUGUGCCUUCAACAAGACAAGACCCACUCCUGUUUCUGGCAGUACCAGCUAUCCUGGAAUGGUGGCGUGUCCUGCUGUACCCGACUGACUUGCUUAGGUACCUUGCAGCUGUGACCACAGCUCAAAAACAGGCAAAUAAAUAAGCAUGUUUAACAUGU